UGCCGGAGGAGGAAGAGGAAUGAAGAUGGAAGGGAACAGGGACGAAGCAGAAAAAUGUAUAAAUAUAGCGACGAAAGCCCUCGAAGCCGGAGAUAAAGACAAAGCUGUGAAGUUUCUCAACAAAGCAGAGAAGCUGUACCCAACAGGCAGAGCAAAAGCUUUGUUGGACGCAUUAACGAAGAAUGGGAGCUCAGCGGGUAACGGGGCAUAUCGUAGGAGACCAGCAGAAAGCUCAGAAAGCACCGGUGCCCAGCCAGAAAGGGACAGCCAAGAGUCAGGAGGAGGCGACUCUUCUAAAGGCUUCAACAAAGAGCAGGUCGAAGGUGUGCAAAGAAUAAAGCGGUGUAAGGACUACUAUGAAGUACUAGGCGUCAGUAAAGAAGUCAAUGAGGAGGAGCUAAAGAAAGCCUACAGGAAAUUGGCGCUCAAGUUCCACCCAGACAAAAAUCAUGCACCUGGAGCAACAGAGGCCUUUAAAAAGAUUGGUAAUGCAUAUGCAGUGCUGAGCAACCCAGACAAAAGGCGGCAGUAUGACCUGACAGGAGGGGAGGAGCCGAGCAGCCCGGGUCACUCACACGGAGGAGGUUUUGACUUCCACAGGGGCUUUGAGGCUGACAUUACUCCUGAGGACCUCUUCAACAUGUUCUUUGGAGGUGGCUUCCCCUCCUCAAGUGCACACACCUUCACCAACAGCAGAACAAGCUACAGCCAUCAGACGGAUUAUCGACAAGAGAGAACAGAAGAAAGGGGAGAUGGUGGUUUCUCAAUGUUUAUCCAGCUGAUGCCCAUCGUGGUCCUGAUUUUAGUGUCAAUUUUGAGCCAGAUGAUGGUGUCCCCUCCACCCUACAGCCUGUACACUAGACCGUCCACAGGUCAGACUGUAAAACGGCAGACAGAAAACCUGCAUGUCGACUACUACGUCUCCAGAGAUUUCAAGUCAGAGUUUAAGGGCUCAGCGCUGCAGCAGAUUGAGAAAAAUGUGGAGGAGGACUACGUAUCUAAUGUCCGAAAUAACUGUUGGAAGGAGAGACAGACAAAAACAGACCUGCUGUAUGCUGCUAAGGUAUACAGGGAUGACCGAAUGCGCAAGAAGGCAGAACUCAUGACCAUGGAUAACUGCAGGGAGCUGGACAGACUAAAUAACCUAUUCAGAGGCGGAUGAGCUGGAUGCUUCUUAGAUCAUGUAAAUGUCUGAAUAGAUGUGUAUGUUCAUGUUUUUUUUUUUAAAAGAAAGUCUUUACACUAGGAGCAAAAAACUUGCUGAAAUAAAUUAGCUCUAUUGUUGAAGUUUUAAAAUGUCCUCAAUCCCUCACCAACACCAACUCCUCUCCUUCCUCGCUACAACCUAACCCCAGGAAUCGCCUUGUUACGUCUAAAUGAACCAAUCUACACGCACUGUAGAAAGCCCCAGACAGUUUUUUAUGUUACUUUUUUUUUUUACUCUGCUUUUCAUGUGUUUUCGUGGAAACAAGAAGGACAAGGACGCUUGAUUGUAAAGGCAUGUACCUCAAAUAGUGAGAACUCGAGGCAUUCUGCACAAACAAAUCACGGCUUUUGGCAUCAUCAUGCUUGACGUAUGAGAUGGGAGACUUCGUAGGUUCAUCUGGAGGAGCUGUCCUCCAGCCAGAUCCAUUUCUUGAAGAACACAGGAACAAAAGAUGGGAAAUAAAAUGACAUUAAUGCUUCUUUUAGCUUUCACCUCCAAGUAUGAGUGAACAUCGGCGGAUCAUGAAGAGAUACAUGUGAUUUUGCUACUAGAGAACAUUUUAUGUCGUUCAAAACCCCCUGAGGUAAAUUUGUGACAUUGGGGUGUAUAUAUAUAUAUAUAUAAAAAAUUUACUUGACAUGACACUUCAAGAUGUGAAGUUUGUUGGGACUAAACAUGGCAGGACAUUGAAACUGUUAUUCAUAAAUGGUUGUACAUUUUCAUUUUGAAUGUUUGAAGUUUAUGCAGUUAUUUAAGUAACUAUAGAAGAAAUAACAUUUUUCUUCAAUGCUCGCCUAAUCAUUUAAAUAAAGUAAAAUUAUUACCAUAGA